AUGCAGAAACAGAAACGCUGCAUGUCACUGUUGAGUCAACAGCCAUUCCUGUCAUUGGUCCUGACCUGCCUAAAAGGACAGGAUGAGCAGAGAGAAGGCCUGCUGACCUCCUUACAAAACCAGAUCAACCAGAUUUUGAGUAACUGGCGGGAAGACCGUUACCAGGAUGACAUAAAGGCCCGACAGAUGAUGCACGAAGCUCUGCAGCUGCGUUUGAAUCUGGUUGGUGGGAUGUUUGACACUGUCCAGCGUAGUACCCAGUGGACUACAGACUGGGCUUUACUGCUGCUACAGAUCAUUACCUCAGGAACUGUCGAUGUGCACACUAACAAUGAACUCUUCACCACUGUGCUGGACAUGCUGGGAGUGUUAAUCAAUGGGAGCCUGGCAUCAGAUCUAUCCAGUACCUCCCAGGGAGGAUCCGAAGAAAACAAACGGGCCUAUAUGAACUUAGUGAAGAAAUUAAAGAAAGAACUUGGUGACAAACAUUCAGAAAGCAUCGACAAAGUGCGUCAGCUGCUGCCGUUACCAAAGCAAACCUGUGAUGUCAUUACUUGUGAGCCAAUGGGAUCGUUGAUUGACACAAAAGGCAACAAAAUUGCAGGAUUUGACUCCAUAGACAAAAAACAGGGUCUCCAGGUUUCGACAAAACAGAAGGUCAACCCUUGGGAUUUAUUUGAGGGACAUAAGAAUCCAGCUCCACUCUCCUGGGCCUGGUUUGGCACGGUGCGUGUCGAUCGGAAAGUUAUCAAGUAUGAAGAUCAACACCAUCUUCUCUUGUACCACACGCAUCCCAAACCAAAGCCAAGAAGUUACUAUCUGGAGCCUUUACCACUCCCUCCGGAGGAUGAGGAGGAGCCUCCCACCCCAGUCUCCCUCGAUUCUGAGAAGAAACCAAUUGAAAUUUCUGAUCAGACCAAAACCAAUCAGGAGGAGGAGAAAAAGACCAAGAGCAGGAAAAGGAAGCCAAAGUCUUCAGCGUCAAGAACAGACGACUAUCAACAAAACAGUGCUUACAGAGUGCCUCCAAAUUACACCCCAAUGUCUUCUCAGAUGAUGCAACAUCCCCAAGGAGCCCCUUCGUGGGGCUACAAUCUCAUGGGUCAGGCCCAGCAGACAGGGUUCUACUUUCAAAACCAACCGCUCCCACCAGGUGGGCCCCGGUUGGAUCCAACGGGUCAGUUCACACCGACAAACACCAAGCAGGCCCUCACGAACAUGUUGCAGCGCCGCUCUGGCUCCAUGAUGCAGCCUCCUUCCAUGCCCAGCAUCUCUCCCCAGCAACAGCUACUGCAGAUGAAGCUCCUGCAGCAACAACAGCAGCAACGUCUCCUCCGGCAACAAGUGCAGUCCCGGCCGUUCCAACAGGAGACCUGUAACCCUGCUGUAUCUCACCAAGAUGGCUAUAACAAUUUCAGCAUUAUGGCGCAGCCAGUCGAGCAGAGUGGUCUUUAUGCCCAACAGGGUCGUACUGCCCAACUUCCGCAGUACCCGAGUAUGCAGCAAACACAGGCUCUGCCUCAUGGAUACACAGCAUAUAGUACGCCGAUGCCUUUGCAACAGCAAGCUGGAAAUGGCAUGCUGUCGCCCAACUACAGUGCCAGGCCGUACCAGGCUGCUCAUUCUAACCCAGCUCUCGUGGAACGGAUCAGGCAAAUGCAACAGCAGCCUAGUGGCUAUAUUCACCAGCAAGCCUCCCCCUACCCACCGAACCUUCAGGGCAAUCAACGGCUCACACAUCAACCUUUGCAGCAGAGCACUUUGAUGGCAGCUGGACUUGACCAUAUGACAUCAGGCCCACAUGCCAACCUUGGUUCAGUCCAACUCUCGCAGGAACAGAUGCGACAGAGACAGCAGUUUCGACAGCAGCGACUCCUACAGAUACAGCAGCAGCAACAACAAAGUCAGCAAACACUAGGGUUACAAGCAGCGCAAACACAGCAAGCACUGUUUUCCAGACAGGGAAUGCAACAGACCCAGCAGCAGCAACAGACAGCAGCGCUGGUUCGACAGCUACAAAAACAGCUCUCUAUUGAAUCGCAGUGAUGUGUAGCUGAUUGUGAUGCUUGUGCGACCUUCGUCCUCUGCCAGGUAAUCAGCCCCAACAACCAUCGAAUCCCUACAGUCAUCCACCCCAUUAUUGAACACUGGAAAGAAGAAUGGAACAGGCAGUCCCUGGAGAACAACUGAAACCAAUGCACCCAAGCAAGCUCCCUGUGGGGGUUUUGAUCACUGUUCAUUCCAACGUUUUUUUUGUGUUUUUUUUUAAAUUAUUAUUUCAACACAUGCUUUUCUCCCCCUGUGAUGUAGCCGAUGUGAAAAAUAAUGGAAAGUGAGAGUAGGUUAUUUUAUUUAAAAGAAAAAGAAAUUGAAGUUUUACAAUGAGACAUUUUCUUGGAUCUUGUAGGUCCUGUAAAAACAAAGCUGCUGGAUUUUUUUUGUUUGGUUUUGCUAAAAGUCAGUUUUGGUGCUUUUAGCUAAUCUACAACAAUGGGAAUGUUCUAGAUAUAAAUGGAAUUUAUUUAUUUGUUAGCGCGAGGACACCCUAUCAAUGCACUGGACCAAAAUAAUGGUUUAUAUGAAUGAAUUUGACUAUGAUAAAAUAGGCUGUCUACGGAACUGUGGCCACAGAUGCUUUGCUAUUUUCAGUGGCUUAUGUUGUUUUGAGCCUCCUGAGGACCAGACAAAGCUGUUCAUUUACACUGUCAAUUUUGCCUAGAUUUGUAAUUUUACAUGAGCACUUUUUAAGAAGAAGAAGAAAAGAAGUUUGUUAAAUAAUAAAACUAUUUUUCCCCUAUGAUGAUGAUGAUACUAUUGUAUGGUACCUCUGAGCAGCUCUGUCGUGUGUGGUUUGAGUUUGGUAUUUAUAUGUUACAUAUGGACUGAUGAGCUGCGUUGAAGGAUCAAGAUGACGGUUGCAACUUGAAAUCUAAUAAAUCAACAAUUAACAUCUGA